CUGGACGUCAUUUGACAAAAAAGUACGAACGAACGAAACAUGUUCAGCGGGUUUUUUCCUGCUUUUUCAUAGUGAUUAAUAUUUUGACGUUAUAAUUAUUUUGCAAAAAUCUACUGAAUCGUUCUUCAUCAAUUCAAUUAACUGCAAUAAAGAUAAUACAACUGACUUAAUUAAAAUUGACAAACAAGCACGCCAUUCAUAGUUCUUUAUUCAGUUGUUGUAGUAGUUUAUGGAAUUUUUCAAUUUCUUUGUUGAAUCCCUGUAGGCAAUUCUUUGCAAUGUUAUUCAGAAGGGCAAAAAGUCCGUUAGCACUGAAAUACUUUAAAAGUAUUAGAACCGUUAUGGUCGCUCCGGGCGUAUGGCCGGCGGAAAUAUUCGGAGAGAAGAUAUCGGUGGUCGCGAUAGUGCAUAGGGUGACUCUGCCGUACCACAUGAGUCUCAUUGUCUUCGGGGAGCUUUACUACAUAUGGAUGCACAUGCAUGAGUUAAGUUUUCUCGAUUUGGGACAUGCGAUUAUAACAACCCUUUUAGGAAUACUAACAGCGGUCCGUAGUAUACUACCACAAUUGCAGAACUAUCAUAAGUUGCUGCUAAAAUUUAUAAAUGUGAUGCAUUUGAUGCAUUCCACAAAUAAAGGACCAUAUUACAAUCAGAUGAACGAUACUGUCGACAAAGUUUGUUCAUAUUAUACAAAAUUUUCGUUAGGAUUAAUGUUUCUUUCGUGCUCAAUGUUUAACUUUGCACCAUUCUGUAAUAACGUUGCAAACGUUUUUAUUUUUAAAACUGAAAAUUACACUUUGGAAUUUUCUUUUUAUUACCAAUAUCCCGGAAUUGACCCGACCGAUUACUUCACGACUACUUCGAUAUACAAUUUCUAUCUGUCGUACAAUUGCGCUAUGAUGGUGUCUGGGCUAGAUCUAAUAUUGUUUUUAAUAAUUUUUCAAAUAACCGGGCACGUGUACAUCCUGAGAUACAACCUUGAGAACUUUCAGUGGCCUAAAAAUAAAGUGGUUUUCAAAUUAGGGGAUAUUUUAAAAUACAAAAUAAACGAGAGCAUCACAUCCGAAAUGUUUGACGCAGAAGAAAGCAAAGAAGUGCGUUUUAAAUUGGCAGAAUGCAUUGAACAUCAUAAAGAAAUAAUUGGGUAUGUUGUUGUUAUUAAUGUUGGAAUAGCCCAUAUUAAGGGGAUUCACACCGAAAUGAAUUCACACCACAACGAAUGUUGCCUGAGAUAAAGUCCCCGGCACAGAUCUUGAGCGCAGAGGGAAUGCUCGGAAUGUUUGAUGAUGUUUAUGUAUAUUAUUUGCAAACAGGUACGACAAAGGUAGACCCAGAGCGACAAAUUACAAGAGAGUUUACAUUUUAAAUUAACGAUUCUCAAAGCAAUCGCAACUCAUUGACCGAGCGCUCAAGAUCCGAAUACCUGACUUUGAAUUUCAAACACUUUUGAAUUUCAAACACAAGUGCAACUCUAUCAUAUCUCUGGUAAUAUGUAUCAGUAUAUAAUAAUUAUGAAAUAUGGUACUGUGUUGUGACUUAUUAAAUUCACAUACAAUUGUACAUAAGGUAGUUGAUACAAAUAAGGCCUACCUAACUUUAAAUGCUUAUAAUUCAAUAAAUAUU